AUGACGAAAGAGUUUUCAGGUCCCUGUCGACUGGUGAGGCCAAGUUACCUCCCCCCCGAACUGUGGUCGACAGGUCCGGUGGACAGACUCCCUCCGUGUGUGAACUAUGACGUCUUGGAAACGGAAGUCACGAGCCUUGCCGACCGACUCCCACAAACCCUUGCGGAACUCGGCUUGGGUAACAUUUUAACAGACCUGGAAGAACUGCUUGACGCUGCCCAACAUUGGACCAAGAUGGGGCUUGUGACUAAUCUGAUCUACAACGUGACGGUUGGUCAGGAGCAACUUUUCGCUUUCCCGUCCCCGCAGUUUGACAACCUUACAGCAGACGAUACCCUUGAAGGUCCCAUUCAAAGUCUCCAGGACGACAUAGAAGAGUUCCCCAGUACCUACCCUGAUACCACCGCCGAGGCAAUGCCGGACCUGGUACAGGACUUCACAGAGCUGCUGGACAGUUUCAACUGCAGCACCAGUGGCCCCAACUGUAACCUGACACGCGGAGAGGAGCAUGUUGUAGGGUUAAACGACCGCUGGACAUUGGUUCAAAGGCAGGGCAUUGAGUAUGAACCUGGGGACAUGAGGAGACCCAUACGAAUAGGCAGGGCUUACGGUUUGGCUUAUCGUGGUUUCCGAUGGAUUUUAUGA